AUGAGAAUCAAGACCAUGGCCAAAAGAAAGAAAGAAAGAUUGGUAACAUGUUGUAAUGUGGGUCAGCACUUUAAAAGAAAAAGACAUCAGAAAAGAGUUUUUUCUUCAUGCAUCCUCUACUCACGACCCAAUCGCUUUCAUUGCUUUAAAUUGGGUCACGACGAAUUGUAUAACGUUUCUUCCCAAGCUCAAGAACAACACGAGACAACGAAACAUUUACUAAACUAG